GCGGCCGGAAGCACGUGGGUCGCGGCCAUGGCGGACACGGACCCGGCGGCCGCCGCCGCUCCCGUGCGCUUCAAGAGCAACUACUCCGUGACGCGGAAGAUCGAGCCGUUCUACAAAGGAGGGCGAAUCCAGAUCAGCCGGGAUGGGAAGUUCAUGUUCUGCCCCUGUGGGAGCAAAGUCAACGUCAUCGAUGUGGAAACGGGAGCGCUCCUGCACAGCCUCCAGCAGGAUGAGGAAGAGGAUGUCACAGCGUUCGUGCUGAGCCCUGAUGAUGAGGUGCUGGUGACAGGCAGCAGGGCGCUGCUGCUGCGCCGCUGGCGCUGGAGGGAGCCCAGGUGUGAGCGCAGCUGGCGAGCCGUGCACACCGCGCCCGUGGCCACCAUGGCCUUCGACCCCACGGCCACCCUGCUGGCCACAGGUGGCUGUGACAGCACCAUCAAGGUCUGGGAUAUGAUCAAACACUACUGCACACACAACCUGAAAGGAUCCUCUGGAGUGGUACACCUGGUGGAGUUCCACCCCGACAUCUCCCGCCUGCAGCUCUUCUCCUCCUCCAUCGAUUACAAGAUCCGCAUCUGGGACCUGAGCUCCAGCAAGUGUGUGGCAGUGCUGGAGGGACACUUCAGUGCUGUCACCUCGCUGGCCUUUGCAGAUGGGAACAGCCUCCUCAGCUCUGGCCGUGACAAGAUCUGCAUGGUCUGGGACCUGGAGAGCAGGCAGAGCAAACGAACCGUCCCUGUCUAUGAGACCGUGGAAGCCGCUGUGCUGUUGCCUAAAGAGGGAGAUUUCUCUCAGCUGGGUGUGAAGAAACAAGGGCUGCACUUUGUCACAGCUGGCAGCAAAGGCAUCCUGAGGGUGUGGGAGGUGACCACAGGUGCCUGUGUGCACAGCCAGGCCGUGCCCUUGCUGCGCGAGGAGCCGAGCGAGCGCAGCCUCUCCCAGUGCCAGUUUGUGCCCGCCAGGAACGAGAUCCUCACCGUGUCCAUGGAGCACAACAUCCUCUUCUAUGAUGCUCAGAGCCUGCAGCUCAGGAAGCAGCUCGCAGGAUACAACGAGGAGGUGCUGGAUGUGAAGUUCCUGGGCCCUGGUGACUCUCACAUCGUGGUGGCCACCAACAGCCCCCAGCUGAAAGUGUUUGAGCUGGCAACGUCCCACUGCCAGAUCCUGUAUGGCCACACAGAAACAAUCCUGGCUUUGGAUGUCUUCAGGAAAGGCCUGAUGUUUGUCACCUGUGCCAAGGACAGAAGCGUGCGGGUGUGGCGCAUGGGCAGGGCUGGCAGGGUCACCUGUGUGGCACAGGGCCUGGGCCAUGCCCACGGCGUGGGCGCUGUCGCCUGCUCCAGGCUGAAGGAAAGCUUUGUAGUGACCAGCAGCCAGGACUGCACCAUCAAGAUCUGGAACAUCCCGGAAUCCCUCACUUCCAAAGCAAAAGCAGCCUUGAUCUCCAGCCCAGAGCCCCUCCAUGCCAGGGUCACCGAGAGGGGCCAUGACAAGGACAUCAACAGCGUGGCAGUGUCCCCCAAUGACAAACUGCUGGCCACGGGCUCGCAGGACCGCCUGGCCAAGCUCUGGUCCUGCUCUGACUGCUCCCUGCUGGGGGUUUUCUCUGGGCACAAACGUGGCAUCUGGUGUGUGCAGUUCUCCCCUGUGGACCAGGUCCUGGCCACCUCCUCGGCUGAUGGGACCCUGAAGCUUUGGGGACUUCGGGAUUUCAGCUGUCUGAAGACCUUUGAAGGCCACGACGCCUCCGUGCUGAAGAUCAUCUUUGUGAGCCGAGGGGCUCAGCUGCUCAGCAGUGGAUCUGAUGGUCUCUUAAAACUCUGGACAAUUAAAACAAACGAGUGUGUGAAAACAUUAGAUGGUCAUGAGGACAAAAUCUGGGGCCUUCACUCCAACAAGAAAGAUGACAUGGUGGUGACAGCCUCCAGUGACUCCUGCAUCACCCUGUGGCAGGAUGUGACUGAAAUUGAGGAGAAAGAAGCACAGGCUAAACAGGAGGAGCAGAUUAUGAAAGAGCAAGAGCUUUCUAACCUCCUCCAUGAGAAAAGGUACCUCAAAGCUCUGGGCCUGGCCAUCUCCCUGGACCGGCCGCACACGGUGCUGACCGUGGUCAAGGCCAUCCUCAGGGAGCCUGAGGGGAGGAGGCACCUGGAAGAGAACAUUGUUCGGCUCCGCAAGGAUCAGAAAGAGGCCGUGCUGGCGUUCCUGGUGACGUGGAACACCAACUCCAGGAACUGCCACGAGGCCCAGGCUGUCAUGGAGACCCUCCUGAGGCACGAGGCCCCCGACACCCUCCUGCAGUUCUCUGGAAUCAAAUCUGCUGUGGAGUCCCUGCUGCCCUACACAGAGCGCCACUUCCAGAGGCUGAGCCGCCUGCUCCAGGCCUCCACCUUCAUCGAGUUCAUGUGGCACAACAUGAGGCUGGCAGACGUGGCCCAGCAGGACCAGGGGACUCUGUGACCCCCCCUCCUCCCACCAAUUGCUCUUUCCAAAGAGCUCUUUCCCACCAGGAUUUCUAGUUCCUGUAUUUUAUAAUAAAUGUUUUCGUUUCUAAACCA